AUGGAUCCGAAAUUGACAGAAGUUUCGCAAGUCUUCGAGCGAUUUAAAGCGGCAUUUGUGAGGAAGGAUUUUGAUACUUGCACCAAACUUCUGUCUCAGCUAAAGGUUUCAUUGACGGGCUUCAAGAGUCUUCCUCCGUUAUUUGAAGACACACCGAAUGCCAUCCAUGAGUUGACACUAGCAAGGGACAUAUUUGAGCAUGCUGUUGUUCUAAGUGUGAAGAUUGAGGACCAGGGUGCUUUUGAGAGGGACUUUUUCCAGCUGAAGCCCUAUUACACUGAUACUCAAGGCCGUCUCCCGCCUUCCCCUCAGGAGUAUCCCAUUCUGGGUCUCAACCUUCUGAGACUCCUCGUGCAGAACAGAAUAGCUGAAUUCCACACAGAGCUGGAGUUACUCACAUCUCGUGCUCUAGAAAACCCAUGCAUUAAACAUGCUGUUGAACUGGAGCAAUCCUUCAUGGAAGGAGCUUAUAACCGUGUUCUGAGUGCUAGACAGACUGUUCCUCACGAGACAUAUGUCUACUUCAUGGACUUGUUGGCAAAGACUGUCAGGGAUGAGAUAGCCGGGUGCAGUGAGAAGGCUUACGACUCUCUCUCGUUGAAUGAUGCUCAGCAAAUGCUGCUGUUUUCUUCUGAAAAAGAAUUACUCGGAUAUAUAGAGAAGGAGCAUCCAGAGUGGGAGAUCAAGAACAGGUUUGUGUUUUUCCAAAGGGCAAAAGAAUCUGUGCCGUGCAAGGAGAUUCCUUCUCUGCAGCUCAUCAACCAGACACUCAGUUACGCUCGGGAGUUGGAGCGCAUUGUGUAA